ACCUCUUACACUGCUCUCCGGGAGGAUUUGCAUGUGCAGUAUACCUUUACCGUCUCGUCAACAGAUAUCGUUCCGUAUAUACAUUUCUUUCGCUUCACUUGGGUUUUAAUUCUCAUUUCAUAUUUUGUGAAUUCGCUCUGAAUUUCUGGUCAAUUUAUAUCAAGAUGACGAGUAACAAUCCAACAGUCGUGGUGGCGCCCGCGCAACCCCAGACAGUAGUUGUUCAUCAAAACACCAGGGAACCCAAUGCUUGUCGUGCUGCCAUACCGUCCAUGCACAUCGCCCUAUCCGUUACAUGCUUGAUUAUAAAUAUCAUUUUCCCUGGAAUUGGGACUAUUGUGGCUGGUUUCGCGGUCUUCUGCUGCGCCAACCCUGGCCAGAGUGAUGGGGGUAAGGUGGGUACCUUCUGCCUGAACUUCUGGGUUGGAAUCCUUCAAUUGUUCCUCACUUUGUUCAUCGUCGGAUGGAUAUGGGCUAUCAUCUGGGGUACUAUCAUGGUUGCUAUGUCAGCUGAGUACCACAACCCUGGGUCACUCACAACAGUGACCCAGGGCAAUUCCGUAGUCACCACGUCCACUGUGAUUAACACACAACAACCACAACAGAUGCAAGUCGUUCAACCACAUCAACCAGGCUACAACCAACCCCCACAACAAGGCUACAACCCUCAAAUGCAACCACAAGGUUACGGUCAACCGAGCGGGCAAGCGCAGCCACCAUACGGCGCACCGCCUUCUUACAACAUUGAGGAAAAACAUUAGAGAGAUUUAACACAGUGAGGCAAUAUUUUCUCAUUUUCUCCCGAUUCGUUUUGGCGUGGGAUUGGAAUUAAACAUGCUUUUAGACCUGUUUAUAGACACCACAAUGAAAAUCUGUUACUGUAGAUUUUGAGUAAUUUAUACAAUAUUAAUACAACUAAUUAUGGAAAAUUCUACAAUCAAAGAGGCAAAUGUAUGACAUUAUUGGUGUCCCAUCUACCUAAGAAUUAAGCUACUGAGACCAUUAUCAUUAUCAUGACUUUGAUAAGAUGAACAGCUAGUAGACCCAUAUGUAUUCUUUCAGGG